AUGUCUUCGAACAACCACACCCACAAUACUUCAGCCUCCUCAGCUGGAGGAAUAAGGCGCCUAGUACUCCACGAUAGAUAUGGUACAGACUAUGAGCAAGCCUUCGAGCCCUCAACUCACAUGGCCAGCCCGCCGUCCGAUCCAUCUACCGCUUUAGAGACACGAUCCAGUCGCCAAGAAAAUCAUCGAGAAAACCGCCGAACUCAGCUGGAGUACUUGGACGAGUAUGGGGAUUGGAUGGAGUUCCCCCCAGGCUUGUUAUCAAGAGACCCGAACGACGGUCUUGCUCAUGCUCCUCGGUAUCGUGUAGUUUCUCCUCACGAUGCUCCUUCCCACAUGGCGCCUGCAGCCGUCAGACCUACCAGUCCUGUCCGUUCUCAUCACGAUCCUGUCUACCCUCCUCGGAGUGCUACGCAUCGUCUUUAUACCAUAGAUGAGGUUCGUGCUCUCAAUCAGCCGUCCUUAGACGAGAUAGAGCGGAUGAUGCGAGGGAGCCCCCCCGACCCGCUCCGACCAUACAGAUCGAGUGCUGAAACCAACUCAAGAGCUACGGCGCCUCAUCAAAACAUCCCCCCAGAACGACCCUCGUCAGCGACACAAACCAACGACGCUGAUUUGAACCGGUAUCCCGGACAAAAAGCACUCGACAACUUGAUGGCAGCACUCCAACAAAACCAGCGUCCGCCUCCUCCACGAACGACAGCUGAGUCACCUCCGAGUGCUUUCGGGUCUCCUUCUGUUCGUCCGCUGGAAGAAUUGAUCAUGUUGCUCGGCGAGGACUCUGACGGUGGUAUCGGAACCGUCCAGAGUUCUGAUCGGCCUCCGUUUUCCCCACCGCUGACUAACUGGGAAGCUACACGUCGCGACCUAGAAGUUGAGGUACUUGCAAGACAGGUGGUGUUGACACAAGCCAGCAAUAGCGCAGUCAAUAUGCGGCACAGCGAGAGACCUCGGGCAGAUCUAGUCGACUCCAAUCCCCAAGCCAGUACAAUCAUCGACAGCUGCAUCACCCAUACAUGGAGUACCUCCUCACACAACUCCGACCCAAACGCAACGAUCACCAUCCACAACGAUCCUUUUCCCGCGACACAGAUUCCCCUCCUCCGUCCCGAGGCCAUAGAGCAGGACAAGUGUUGUGGUAUCUGUAUCGAGGACUACGAAGCUGGCGACAUGAUGGCUGUGAUGCCGUGCAACGCCAUGCACCGCUUCCACAUUCGAUGUAUUGAGCCAUGGCUCAUUCAGAGAGGCGCCAUGCACGGAGCAAAGAUGUCCUGUCCGUUUUGUAGGACCGAGCUGCAGUUUGGGAAGGUGUUGCAGGCUGUUCGCUGA